AUUUCCCGUACAGUUUUGUUAACGUCCAUUUAAAAUGAACCGUGAAUCCGGACGCAUCAAAGAUGCCGAUAAGAAGCGUGUUCUUGACGAUGCAUCGCGAAAGCGUCGAGCACGCAAAGCACUCGAAGCUCUCGAACAGGACAAUUUCCAUGACGACCCGCAUGCCGAUUUAGUGAUGUCCAAGAAAGUGCCAAAAUUUCAAGACAAUUUGGAUCAAUCGAAAAACCGUAAAAUCAAACGAAGAACGGCCGAUUACAUGAAGGCAAAGUAUCGUAAAAAUUUCAUGCAACUUUUGGAAGAGGACAAACAAAUCCAAGCCGACGAUCCGAAUUACUGUACCGCUCAAGUUGGACCGUCCAGUAAGCCAGAUCGACAUUUUUGCGCCGUAUGCGGAUUUCCAUCCACUUAUACGUGCACUUCAUGCGGUACUCGGUACUGUAGCGUAAGGUGCUUAGGUACACAUCAAGAUACACGUUGUCUUAAAUGGACUGCAUAAAUAAUUACGGAAAAUAAAAUAAGUUACGGGUUUUUAA